AUGGCCAGCACAGAACUAGAAACAGAGACCGAGACCGCCACAGCAACAACCACAACCACCUACACAGCACUCCCACCGCCCCCCUCCCGCACCCGCACCCGCACCCGCCAGCCCUCCCUACACGACCUCAUGAGCGACGCCGAUGCCACCCCGCGAGCCUCACCCACCGAGCGCCGCAAGUCCGACUUUGAGAUCUACCGCGAUGGCCACAAGGGGGCAGCUGCAGCUACGAGUGCAGCAAGGACAUCCCCGGGCACACAGCUGCACCGCGAGCGGCGCAUGCGCGAGAAGGAGCUGCGCGCGCUGGAAGACGAUGUGAUUGAGGAGGUGACGGAGGAGACGGAUGAUGAGGAGGUGACGGAUGAGGAGGAGGACGCACCCCACCACCACCCCCGCCAGCCCACAAAGACCAAACCCUCCGCAACCAGCAUCCUCUCCCACGGCCGCCCCUCCCCCGACCUGACGCCCCUGCCUGCCCCGCCGCUGUCCCGCCUCCAUAAAAGGUUCGCCACAGGCACCACGCCGUCGCCUGCUACUGCUCCCCCGCGCCGCCGCACCAGCAAGCUCUCGCCCACACCUGUACUCGCGCCUGCGCCGGCGGACCCGGACGUGUCGCCGCUGGAACACAUGCGGCACCUGCGCGCGCAAUUCGAGGCACUACGGCCGCGGUCACAGUCGCCCUCGCAGUCGCCCUCGCCCUCCCCCUCCCCCACCUCCACGCCCACGCCUCCGCCCGCCGCCAACCCCACCUCCAAACCAAAACGCCGCACCCGCACCUCCCCCAGCAGUAGCAAACCCACGACCACCGCCGACCUCCUCGCGCACUACACCUUCACCCUCUCGCACCUCCCCGCACUCACACACCACUCCCGCACCGCAACACUAACACUCACACCCACGACCCCGUCCUCACCGGGACACCUCACACUAAACCUGCGCCCGACCACCACGCUGCGCGGCGGCUCCCACACAACAUACACCAUCCCCCCGCACGGCCUGCCCAUCACCGUCACCACCGCCUCCCCCUCCCCCACCUCCGCGCCCAUAACAGCCGCAUACGCCCUCGCCGAGCUACCACUAAAACACCUCCCCGCGCUGCGCUACGCCAAGAGCUUCGUAAGCGUUGUCCAGCGCGCCACGGUCGUCGGCCGCGUCGAGGUGCGUGAGCGCUGCGGCGGCGGGAGGGUAUGGACCGGGCGGCGGUGGGCGGACGGGCGCUUCGAGGCUGUCCGCGGCGGCGGCGGCGGCGGGGAGGGUGAGGAGGUGGUGGUACGGAUUGAGGGCGUGCGCGGCGAGGAGGUGGGGGUCUGGGUGGGCGGGCGGCGGGUGAAGGAUGUGGGGAGCGUGCGCUGGGAGAAGGUUGUUGACCGCGCGCAGCGCAUGUGGAGUGCGUGUUGGAGGGUGCUGGAGGAGGAGGGCGGCGGCGGCGUGGGGGUGCUGGAGGAGGCGUCUACGUCUGCUGCUACUGCUACGCCGCCCCCGCCGCCGGUGAAGGCCCGCUCACAACAACCCCCAGCGCCCCCAGCAGCGGCAGCAGCGCACAGUAAACACAUCCCCUUCCCCAUCGACGCGUCCACGACGUUCGUGCCCACCAUUGGCUGGUGCCGGCGCGACGCGCACACGGGCUGGUGGAGCAUGCUCUUUGUCGACGGCGUAAGGCUGGAGAUUGAUCCUGUGAGUGGUGACGCUGUGUGGACUGAUAAGCUCUCUGGGGAUGGUGGUGGGGGUGGUGAGGGGGAGAGGAGGGUGUUGAAGGGUGGCAUGGGCAUGAGGGAGGUGCGGGAGAGGGUUGGGAGGUUUGUUGAGAGGGGGUUGUAG